AUGACUUCCAAGUCUUGUCCCGCGGCCGUUGGCCUCUCGCACGGGUCGACUGCGGCGACGAUCGACGCUGCGUAUGCUUACGGUCAGAACCUGGACUUGACGUUCCCGCUUAUUCAUAAUGUUCUGGAUUGCGCACCAACCGAGGACGAGUUGGGCAAGCCCUUGGAGGCGGACUUGCAACCGGGUCUCGCGACGACCUCCUAUGUAGUUCGCGUGGAAGAGACAUGUCGAGCUCGGCGCACUGAUUGCGAGGGGGUUCAAGAAGGAAAGCGAUGUCCAGCUGGUGAGUGA